GUUCCCCAGCAGAGAAGAGCGGUUGUGGAAUCUCUGAGCUCUUGGAGCUCUUUCGAGCAGGGACACUCUUCUUGUAUCAUAGAAACCAAGCAAUCUUUAAACAUGAGCAUCUUGCAUUGAUCAGUUGCCCGUCUUUUCUUGGACGUUACAAACGGCGUCAUUAUGGUCACGAACAGCACCGCACUCAGUGCCAGGAGCCAUCAUGCUGCUGCAAUUCUCAGCUCACAGCGUUCUGAGACACAAGCGGAAUCUCAGAAGCCAUUCGUCUCUGCAAAGCUGCGGCUGCAUUCAUCCAUGUUCGCAGAAAUGUGGUGUGGAGUCAUUCCUGCUGGCAGGAGAAGACCUUGCAAGUCUGAGAGAUCUACUUCCCUGGGGUCCUGCCGCAAGCAACCAAGCAACAUGACAAGACAGUGCCAGCAGCUGUGGGGAGGCAGAGGGCAGAAGAGUCGCGUCGGGCGCCUCCAGAUGGGGAAGGAUGAUUACUAUCUGGUGGACGCCGAUUUAUCGUAUGGCGACGGCUUCAGCUUUGCGGGGGGUAUGUACUCCCAAGAACCGGGGCCCUAUGAGGAGUGGCAGGAGAGGGGCAAGAUUGUUGAGGCGUACGCUCUAAGAGGGGCUAAAGGAGAAGUGAAGGACCCCAUCUUUGGGCUCAAGAUGGGGGAGAACUCGCAGACAGGAGAGUCUGGCCUCAGAUGGUUCUAUGUUGAAGAGGGAGAGGAAAGCGCCCCCCCCGUCGUGCUGCUGCAUGGGGUGCCGUCACAGGCAUACUCCUAUCGAAAGGUGCUACCUAUUCUGGCAGAGGCAGGGUAUCGGGUCAUCGCACCCGACUGGCUAGGUUUUGGCUUCUCCGACAAGCCCCAGCCCGGCCCCAGCUUUAGCUACGGCCUGGAUGAGUACCAGAAAGCACUCGGCAGCUUCUUGGACGCCCUGAGCCUGGAGAAAGUCACCCUUGUGGCGCAGGGCCACCUCGCCCCCGCGGCCAUUCGAUGGGCGACAUCUAACCCCGACCGGGUUGAGCGUCUGGUCCUGUUGAACGCCCCGGUGACAAGCCAACACGCCAAGCUACCGGGCGCCCUCUCGACCUUCUCUACCUUCUUACUAGGCGAGGUCUUCGCUCAGGACCCGAUCAAGGCGAGCGACAGCACGCUCAACAGCUGCGGGCCGUACGUUUUGGACGAGCAGGACGCCAUGGUGUACCGGCGUCCGUACCUGACAGCUGGCAUGGCGGGAUUCGCGCUGACAGCUGUCACGCGCGCGCUCAACAAGGAGCUCAAGGGCGCCAUCGAAGUUUGUCAAAAGGAACUGGCCCGGUGGUCUGUCCCGACCACCUUAAUGUGGGGCCGUAAGGACUACUGGCUCAAGUUCGACGGCGUGCAAGAGUUUGCGCGAUCGGCAAACGUGCCGCUCGUCGAGUUGGAUCAGGUGGGCCAUCACGCCCAAGAAGAUUACGGCGAGGUUGUCGGUGAAGCGUUGCGGAUGGAGUUGCGGCGUCAGGCUUAGCGAAUCAAAGUAAACUGACCGAGACAGCUAGGUUCACUUGUGUUUGUAGUGUCCCCGUGUCUCAUGUCGGACUCACCGGCCAGUUGUUGUAGGCCGGGCGCGUUGACUUCAAGAGGCUUUCAACUCUUGAUUUUCAGGCCGCGAAACUAACAUUCAAGCUUGCAUGAACGAGUCCGCUUCCAACCUAGUUUAGAUGUUCACCAAGUUAUGCAUGCCAAAAGAUGUUCCGACU